AUGUGUACUACCGAGUGCGUGGAGACGCACAAGUGCAAGAUGCUUGGCUCUGCAUUGCACGAAAAAGGAACAGGACGUGUGUCGCUGCCCUUGGUUUGUAUCAAGCCGCAGAAACGGCCGCGUACCAAGAGCGAUGCACGUACAGUGCUUGGCGCGUCGAUGGAUACAGGUGCCUUGAAGCGUACAAAGACAGGGCGCAAGGAAAAUCAUCUAUCUCGUGCGUUUUUGUCUUUUCCAGAAACGGAUGCGGCGACAAAUGAUUUUCUGCAGGAAGUCCAAGUGCCCGGUGCGUCAAGCCCACGAAAUGCUCCAUAUAGCCCGGAGGUAAUGCGCGAGGCGUCUUUGCAUAUCCUGGAGCAAAUGCGCAGUUGCGAGCCGGACAAGGAUCGAUGGGAGGCGAUCAAUCCUGCAGAUUACCGGGCUGCAGCAUUGUUUUCCAUGCUGAUUGAGAAUAUUGUUUGUCGAUACGAUCUGGGAGCGUACCCCUACGGGAUCUACGGACCACCGCCGCCUGGCAUGAUAGUGAAUGUAGAGUAG